GCUCGCUUUAUCUGGGUCUGCUCCAUGGCUUUUCACGGGCCACGUCACGGCACGGAGGGGGGAAGAAACAGAUUCCUGAGCGCUGCUCGAAUUUCCUGCAAUCACAUCCUCAGAUUCAUAGUCUACAGCGGAGAGGGACGCUGCGCUUUCUUCUUCUCCAACACACUCAACCGGCUCUUUCUCCGAAAAUGAUGUUUCGAUGUUUUCCUGCUGUGGUUUUCCUUUUGGCUGUAGUGUACUGUCAUGCCGAGCAGGAGGCUCAGAGCAAAUCAAAGGUGUGUGCUAAUGUGUUCUGUGGUGCUGGAAGAGAGUGUGCAGUGAAUGAGAAAGGAGAGCCCAGCUGUCUGUGUAUUGAGAAAUGCAAGACCCAUAAGCGCUCAGUGUGUGGCAAUAAUGGAAAGACUUACCGGAACCACUGUGAACUGCACCGUGAUGCCUGCCUUACUGGACUCAAGAUCCAAGUGGCACAUGAUGGACACUGCAAAGAGAAGAAACUGGAGAAGGCUGCAGCAAGUCCAGUCGUGUGCUAUGUUGCUGAUCGUAAUGAGCUGCGCAGACGUGUGAUCGACUGGUUGCAGACAGAGGUUGUUUCAGAUGGCUGGUUCUCCAAGGGUUCCAACUUCACUGAUAUCCUUCUCAAGUACUUCAAGAAUUAUGAUAACGGUGACUCUCAGUUGGAUUCUGCUGAGCUGCUCAAGUUCAUUCGGCACAACGAGACCGCUGUUCAGAUGAACUCUUACACUGAAGAGGAGAACAACCUCCUGCUCAGGAGCCUUUGUGUGGAUGCUCUUAUUGAGCUCUCCGAUGAGAAUGCAGACUGGAAACUGAGCUUUGAUGAGUUCCUCAAUUGCCUGAAACCAGGCUUCAACCCACCUGAGAAGAAGUGUGCUCUGGAAGACGAGACCUAUGAGGACGGAGCCGAGACACAGGUGGACUGCAACCGUUGCGUCUGCGCAUGUGGAAACUGGGUCUGCACUGCCAUGACAUGUGAUGAGAAAACCCCUGCUAUUGAGACUGAUGGAGGUCAGGAGAUGACAGAGGAGGAGUGGACACGUCGCGUGGCUGAACUCAACAAGCAUCAGGAAACCGUGGAGAAGAUGAAGACCAGCACAAAAGAGGUCUAAAACAAGAGAUGAGAGGAGAGAGAUGUGGAAGAAAUUCCUCUCCUAGUAAUCACAAUCAAGACUUCUGAGAUUACGAACUAUUAUGUUAAAUGUGUUAUUGGAAGAGUUAGGUUAUUUCCUAUUACUUUCAUUGCUAUCCUUAUUGCAUCUAUUUUUGUUUGAUUUGAAUUACAGUAUGUUACGUGUGUACUUUUAUAUCUAUUUUACAAUUAGCUUUCCACCAUUUUGUACGUUCAUUUGUAUGUCUUCAAGUGCUGUAAUUUGUUUUAUUGUAUCACUCCAAAAUUGGCUGAAUAGGCCUCAGCACUUUGUUUUGGGGGCUCUCUGUUUUAUUAACUAUUGUUUUAUUGUAUUAUUCUUUUUACCAUUUAUUUGUCUGUCUACAGUUAUAUGUGGUAAUAUGUUAUCUGUGUUUGAGACAAUAGCAAUAGAAGAAGAGAGAAUUGGGAAAGAGGAGGGAGUGAGUUUGACAACCAAAGAUAACUAAGAAAUCCACCGAGAAUACAAACUGCUAGUUUGAUCACAGCUUCAAAACAAGAGAUGUCCUUUAUUACUGUAAGAAGGUAUAUAUUCAGCAGCUGAGGCUUGGCCAUGCCCUCUCUCUCUCUCUCUCUCUCUUUCACUCUCAUCAUUGUGAAGGCAGUCAUAGUCUUGAGACCUUUCGUAAAGGUGCUAAUGUUAUUAUUCUUCUCUUUUGCUGCUUUGUCCUCUCGCUUUAGAAUGUAGAUGAUACUAAGGGCAGAAACAUGCUUGAUGCAAGUACACAUACGCAGAUGCAAGCGCUUUGCCAACACAUUGCCAACAUGUGGGUGAUAGUUACCUUUAAAAGUUUUAAUAAUCUGGUAAGUUGCUAUAAAUAUAUUCACUUUACCUUACUUGCUCAGCAAUAUUUUCGUCAAACUCUUGCUCUAAUAUAACAAUUAAAUUGAAAGAGAAAACUCAUCGUAGAAGUGGACAGUUCACACUAAUAUCCGCUAUAGCGCCCUUGUGGCAAUGCUGAGAAUGCAAUACAUAUUUGAAUUGUGUUAUGAAUUGUGGUUUGACAUAUUUUGGAACGCCACGACGCACAAAAUCGAGCUUGCGUAGUUACUGUAGCAUCUGCGUUCAAGUACUUGCAUAGAGUAGGCCUAUGUUUCGACCUGAAACAGGACAAACAACAUUAAUUUUGUAAACAGCAAAUGAGACAUAAAGUGAUGAAAUGUGGCUCAGAAGGCAGAGCAACAAUACUUUUGAAUUUUAAAGCUGAAUUGUGUAAUUUCUGCGCUACUAGUGUUCCCAAACAGAGUUGCGAUAUAAAGAUGUUUUCUUACAGAGUAUUUUAACAUUGAGAAAAUUACACAGUCAAGCUUUAAUAUCAUAAUAGGGUGGCAAACCUGCCAUGAUAUUACUUGACAAACUUGCUCUUUCUGCAAUGACCAAUGUCACUGCAGGCCUUCUGUGAACAUCCUUGAAUUAGAAUAGAUCAGCUCCUUCAUAGAUUAGCACAAUUUUGCAGCACAAAUGUGUUAGCUAAACUUGAGAUUUUUUUUAUGUUAGUUGCUAGAGGCAGUUUAUUCUGAAACUCUUAAACUGUGCUCAGUCCCACUCUGAUGCUGUUUUUCAAUAGAUAAUAAUUAAUGAACGAGCAGAAAUCAGAUUCAUAUUGGACCUGAACUGAGGCUAACUGUGUUCUAUCAACUAACAAUUUUAGCUCUCAGAAUCAAGACUGAGUACAGAGAGAGUGAUGUGAAACCAAAGCCUGAUGUUUAGGAUGUUGAAAAUAUACGAAAAUCUCCAGGUGUACAACUACUCUGGACCCAGCAACUACUUUAUACCUGUUACGUAAAAUAACUUUCAGAAAAGUAAUAGAGUCGCUAUUGCCUCUGUAGAGUAGUUGCAUUCUUACAGAAGCAAGAGGGUUUGUGUGUAUGCGCGAAAAAAAAAAAAAAAAAACGUUGUUUGUGUGCGUGUUAGCUUGUUGAAUUUCCACUUAAUUCCACUAACAGUAUGAUUCCUUUGUUGUAAUGAGUGCCUUAAAUACACAAACAGCAUGCCAUAAAGUGGCCUCUUCUGUAGGUAUACACCACCUAAUAUAGGACACAGUGUACAUUAUCUUUACAGUAUUAUGGUAGACACCUAGUAAUUGCUUUUUUAUAUGUCUGUAUGUCUUAUUCAGUGGGGCAGAAUUAAAACAUUUUAUUGUAAAAAAAUAUUUCAUUUCCUUCUAUGAAUAAUAUCUGAAAUGUACUGUGUGUUAUACUAAGCAUGUAAUAAUUAAAAUAAAAGGCACCACAAUUUGAUA